GACGGCGGCUGAGGAGGCGGCGCAGGGGAUGGUGCGCCCGGCCGCGGCGGUGCCGGCCGCCGCUGCUGCUCCGGCCCCGGCCCCCCCGGCCCCGCCGCCGCCGCUGCCAGGGCUGUGAGCAGGGCCCGCGGCCCGAGCAGCUAUGAGAGUGGAGGAAAAAGAAGAGCACUUUGGUACCACACCUGUUGUCUGCCAGCCCGUAGGAAAUCAUGGACGGAAGGACUGCAUUUGUUCCAGUAGGGUUGUCCCAGAGGAAGAAAAUCAGGGCUGAGAAUCCAUCUCCAAGCAUUGCCCAUCUCCUCGGCGCUGAGAAAUAGCACUCAGCUGAGUGCUGAAAAUAGGCUGAAAAGCAUGGGCUCAUCUGGUCUUAUUGACCCUGUUAUUUCUGAGGAACAGUGCACUCCGCUUUCCCCACUUCCCUUGCUGGAAAUGGUCACUGCUGGUCUUUGUGGGCUUUCAACCUCCUGAGAGGCGGAGAGGUGAAGCCCUUGAACACAGCAGGUGUGGAGUGAAACUGGAGGAUCGCUGCCAACCCUUUCUGCCGGCUUCUGACAACAUAGGACAACGUUCCUGAGCUGAGAAGAAGCACAGAGGGCAGAAGUAUGCAAUGUGCCUCGUGCACUUGCACGCGACUUCUUGACUGGACCAUCACUUGUUCCUUGUGCUGCUUUCACAGGCAUCUAUUAACAAGCUAAAAGUGACAGAACCAUGGCUCAGUUUCCAACACCUUUUGGGGGCAACCUGGAUAUCUGGGCUAUUACUGUGGAGGAGAGGGCUAAACAUGAUCAGCAGUUCCACAGUCUGAAACCAACAUCUGGAUUUAUCACUGGUGAUCAAGCUAGAAACUUUUUUUUUCAGUCUGGGUUACCUCAACCGGUGUUAGCACAGAUAUGGGCUCUAGCUGACAUGAACAAUGAUGGGAGGAUGGAUCAGCUGGAGUUCUCAAUAGCUAUGAAACUUAUCAAAUUAAAACUACAAGGUUAUCAACUCCCAUCUGCACUGCCUCCUGUCAUGAAGCAGCCACCUAUUGCUCUGCCUAGUGCACCAGGGUUUGCCACAUUGCCAAAGAGUUCUUCCUUUAGUAGAUCUGGUCCUGCAUCGCAGCUAAACACAAAACUGCAAAAGGCACAAUCGUUUGAUGUGGCCAGUGUGCCUCCUGUGGCAGAGUGGGCUGUACCUCAGUCAUCAAGACUGAAAUACAGACAGCUGUUCAAUAGCCAUGAUAAAACAAUGAGUGGACACUUAACAGGUCCACAAGCAAGAACUAUUCUUAUGCAGUCAAGCUUACCCCAGGCUCAGCUGGCUACAAUAUGGAAUCUUUCAGAUAUUGAUCAAGAUGGAAAACUUACAGCUGAAGAGUUUAUUCUGGCUAUGCACUUAAUUGAUGUAGCUAUGUCUGGUCAGCCACUGCCACCUGUACUGCCUCCAGAGUAUAUUCCACCUUCAUUUAGAAGAGUACGUUCUGGUAGUGGCAUAUCUGCUGUAAGUUCAGUAUCUGUAGACCAAAGGUUACCAGAAGAACCAGCAUUAGAAGAAGAACAGCAGCAACUGGAAAAGAAAUUACCAGUUACAUUUGAAGAUAAAAAACGCGAGAACUUUGAACGUGGCAAUCUAGAACUUGAAAAACGGAGGCAGGCUCUCCUGGAACAGCAACGCAAAGAACAAGAGCGUCUAGCACAGCUGGAACGGGCAGAGCAGGAAAGGAAAGAACGUGAGCGGCAGGAGCAAGAACGGAAAAGACAACUGGAGCUAGAGAAACAGUUGGAAAAACAACGGGAAUUGGAACGGCAGAGAGAAGAGGAAAGGAGGAAAGAAAUAGAAAGAAGAGAGGCUGCAAAACGGGAACUUGAGAGGCAAAGGCAACUUGAGUGGGAACGUAAUCGUCGGCAAGAACUACUAAAUCAAAGAAACAAAGAACAAGAGGACAUAGUUGUUCUAAAAGCAAAAAAGAAGACCUUAGAAUUUGAGCUGGAAGCCCUAAAUGAUAAAAAAAAUCAAUUGGAGGGAAAGCUUCAGGAUAUCCGAUGUCGGCUGUCUACCCAAAGACAAGAAAUUGAGAGUACAAAUAAAUCUAGAGAACUGAGAAUUGCAGAAAUUACCCAUCUGCAACAGCAGCUACAGGAAUCUCAGCAGAUGCUUGGAAGAUUGAUUCCAGAAAAGCAAUUGCUUAAUGAUCAACUAAAGCAAGUUCAACAGAACAGUUUGCAUAGAGAUUCUCUUCUUACUGUCAAAAGAGCCUUAGAAGCCAAGGAGCUAGCCCGUCAACAGCUUCGAGACCAGCUAGAUGAAGUAGAAAAAGAAACCAGAUCUAAACUUCAGGAAAUUGAUAUAUUCAAUAAUCAACUGAAGGAGCUGAGAGAAAUACAUAACAAACAGCAACUACAGAAGCAAAAGAACUUGGAAGCUGAGAGGUUGAAACAGAAAGAACAAGAAAGGAAGACAGAAUUAGAAAAGCAAAAAGAAACUCAAAGACGAAUCCAGGAGCGGGAUAAACAACGGCUUGAUCGAGUGCAACAAGAAGAAGAACUUCAGUGGCAAAAAAAAAAUCAGGAAGAUGAGAAGCUAAAAAGGGAAGAAAUAACCAAGAAGAAGGAAAGCGAGGAUAAGGGGAAACAGGAAAUCCAAGAGAAACUGAGUAAGCUUUUCCAACCACAUCAAGACCCAGUCAAGCCAGCCGUCCAGGCUCCUUGGUCAAAUGCAGAAAAAGCUCCUCUAACAAUUUCUGCUCAGGAGGAUGUAAAAAUAGUGUAUUAUAGAGCACUGUAUCCUUUUGAAUCAAGAAGCCACGAUGAAAUCACUAUUCAGCCUGGCGACAUAGUCAUGGUGGAUGAAAGCCAGACUGGAGAACCAGGGUGGCUUGGUGGAGAAUUGAAGGGAAAAACUGGAUGGUUCCCUGCAAACUAUGCAGAGAAAAUACCUGAAAAUGAAGUUCCAGCAUCUGUAAAACCAGUAGUUGAGGCUGCUGCUGCACCUAAAGUUUCUGUACAUGAAACAACUACAUCACUAGGAACUCCUGCGUCUACAGAGUGCACUACAACUGCCAAUAACUGGGCAGACUUCAGUUCAACAUGGCCAACAAACACUAAUGAGAAACCAGAGACAGAUAACUGGGAUGCCUGGGCAGCUCAGCCGUCUUUGACUGUUCCCAGUGCAGGGCAGUUGCGGCAGCGAUCAGCUUUCACUCCUGCCACUGUUACAGGAUCAUCUCCCUCUCCUGUCUUGGGUCAGGGCGAAAAAGUGGAGGGACUUCAAGCCCAGGCUUUGUAUCCUUGGAGAGCGAAAAAAGACAACCACCUUAAUUUCAACAAAAAUGAUGUCAUCACAGUAUUAGAGCAGCAAGAUAUGUGGUGGUUUGGAGAAGUUCAAGGACAAAAGGGGUGGUUUCCUAAGUCAUAUGUGAAGCUUAUUUCAGGCCCCAUUAGGAAGUCAACAAGCAUGGAUUCUGGUUCUUCAGAAAGUCCUGCUAGUCUGAAAAGAGUAGCAUCACCAGCAGCAAAAGCAACUAUGUCAGGUGAAGAGUAUGUUGCUAUGUAUACUUAUGAGAGCUCUGAACAAGGAGACCUAACCUUUCAGCAAGGUGAUAUGAUUCUUGUGACAAAGAAAGAUGGUGACUGGUGGACAGGAACACUGGGUGAUAAAUCAGGAGUAUUCCCAUCUAAUUAUGUGAGACUCAAAGAUUCUGAGGCUUCUGGAGCAGCUGGAAAAACGGGAAGCUUAGGGAAGAAACCUGAAAUUGCCCAAGUUAUUGCCUCUUACACAGCAACGGGUCCAGAACAGCUUACUCUUGCUCCUGGUCAGUUGAUUCUUAUCAGAAAGAAGAAUCCAGGUGGCUGGUGGGAAGGAGAGCUCCAAGCACGAGGGAAAAAGCGGCAGAUAGGAUGGUUCCCUGCUAAUUAUGUAAAACUUUUGAGCCCUGGUACCAGUAAAACUACACCAACUGAGCUACCUAAAUCAACAGCAUUACCUUCAGUGUGCCAAGUAAUUGGCAUGUAUGACUACACUGCACAGAACGAUGAUGAGCUAGCAUUCAAUAAAGGCCAGAUUAUAAACGUCCUUAACAAGGAAGACCCAGACUGGUGGAAAGGGGAGGUGAAUGGACAAGUGGGUCUCUUCCCAUCCAACUAUGUGAAGCUGACAACAGAUAUGGACCCAAGCCAGCAAUGGUGUGCAGACUUGCAUCUUCUGGAUAUGUUGACACCUACUGAAAGGAAAAGGCAGGGAUACAUCCAUGAGCUCAUUGUCACAGAAGAGAACUAUGUAAAUGAUCUGCAGUUGGUCACAGAGAUCUUCCAGAAACCACUAAUGGAAUCUGAGCUGCUAACAGAAAAAGAAGUUGCUAUGAUUUUUGUUAAUUGGAAGGAGCUGAUUAUGUGCAAUAUAAAGCUACUGAAGGCUUUGCGAGUGCGUAAGAAGAUGUCUGGGGAGAAGAUGCCAGUGAAAAUGAUUGGUGACAUACUGACAGCCCAGCUGCCACACAUGCAGCCGUACAUUCGGUUCUGUAGCUGCCAGCUCAAUGGGGCAGCACUCAUCCAACAGAAAACAGAUGAAGUCCCUGAGUUCAAGGAGUUCGUUAAAAGGUUAGCAAUGGAUCCUCGCUGUAAAGGAAUGCCGCUAUCAAGUUUUCUACUAAAGCCUAUGCAACGGGUAACAAGAUACCCACUAAUAAUUAAAAAUAUAAUAGAAAACACCCCUGAAAACCACCCUGACCACAGUCACUUGAAGCAUGCUCUUGAGAAAGCAGAAGAAUUGUGUUCUCAAGUAAAUGAAGGAGUGCGGGAGAAAGAAAAUUCAGAUAGGCUGGAGUGGAUCCAGGCUCAUGUUCAGUGUGAAGGCCUGUCUGAGCAACUCGUAUUUAAUUCUGUUACAAACUGCUUGGGACCACGCAAGUUUCUGCACAGUGGGAAACUCUAUAAAGCCAAGAGUAACAAGGAACUGUAUGGCUUUCUGUUCAACGAUUUCCUCCUCCUGACUCAGAUCAUAAAACCUCUUGGCUCUUCUGGCACAGACAAGGUCUUCAGCCCCAAGUCUAACCUGCAAUACAAAAUGUACAAAACUCCCAUUUUUCUAAAUGAGGUACUAGUAAAAUUACCCACAGACCCUUCUGGAGACGAGCCCAUCUUCCAUAUCUCCCACAUUGAUAGAGUCUAUACACUCCGGGCUGAAAGCAUUAAUGAAAGGACUGCCUGGGUUCAGAAAAUUAAAGCCGCUUCAGAACUUUACAUAGAGACCGAAAAGAAGAAGAGAGAAAAGGCCUACUUAGUUCGCUCACAAAGAGCAACUGGCAUUGGGAGGCUGAUGGUGAAUAUUGUUGAAGGCAUUGAACUAAAACCUUGCAGGUCCCAUGGAAAGAGUAACCCAUACUGUGAGGUGACGAUGGGCUCUCAGUGCCAUAUUACCAAGACGAUACAGGACACCCUCAAUCCGAAGUGGAACUCCAACUGCCAGUUCUUUAUCAAAGACCUAGAGCAGGACGUACUCUGCAUCACGGUGUUUGAGAGGGACCAGUUCUCCCCGGACGACUUUUUGGGCAGAACAGAGAUCCGUGUGGCAGACAUUAAGAAGGAUCAGGGUUCAAAAGGACCAGUUACAAAGUGUCUCCUUCUGCAUGAAGUCCCAACAGGAGAGAUAGUCGUCCGACUAGACCUGCAAUUGUUUGAUGAGCCUUAGAAGGAAAGGGACCAAUGCUUUUUUUUCAGUCUGAGUUCACUGCAAUAGGUGUCUGCAGAAGCUGUCACUAAAUCCUUAUUGGUUUGGUAUGAAACUACUGCUUGCCCUUCACACACAAGAGGGUUAUCAAAGCAAACAGGAGCAUCUUUGUGCCUUGAUAAUUCUCACUGAAAAAUGAGUCCCAGUUUAGUGAGGAAAUCUCCCUCAAUUUCUCUAUGUGGAACCUGAUGUUAGUUUCCUGGGUUUAUGAAAUAACCUAGUUGUUUGUCGUGCUCCAGUCUGAAAGGCUGGAAAACCACAUAGGUUGCUGUGCUUGCUCCAGCUACUCUGUUCUUUAAUUUACAAGAUGAAGGCAAUGUUGGUAUGUUUGGAGGCUUUCUGCAGGGUUUUCCCCCUUAAGGAAUUCUGUGCCUAUUGCUCAGCAAGGUGGUGUGUAAAUGUUUUGUGAAUGGAACAAGCAGUUAUGCAGUAAGAAGGUCUUUGAAGAUCUUCACGGUGAUGCUGAAAAGACUUAGAAAAUAAAUAGUCUAUAUCUAUAAACAGAGAAGAUUCUAUUAAGAUACCACUUCAUGACUCACAUUGCCCCAAAAAUAAAUAUAUAUACAGGCCUUCUGCACAGAGAUGAGUUGCACUCCAGAAGAGUACACCCACUGAGUACCUUCGGAAGAAAUGUUUGAACAGUAAGUGAAGGAUCGAAUAUAGAGCCCUGAUGAAUGUUGUACUAUACCACUUCAACACUGCUUUACUACGGCUGCUUAGUUGUGUGAAUGCAGAUGGAUGAUACGUCACCUGCAGUGGGGAAGAAAAAAAUCAUGGCUGUGGCUCAGGAAGCUAAUUUCUACCCCGCAGAGUCUAGUUUGCCAAGCAAUCCGUGGUGACCAGUUAUUAAAUUUUACUGUGCCUAACUGCAUUUGACAUCAUGUUACUGAAUUCAGAGUGAUAGCAUACUGUAGCUCACAACAGGGUUUGUUGCAAGCCAGGCUGAUCACAAGGUUGGUGGCAGCGAUACUAGACAUGAACAGAAGCAGGGUAUUUGUGAUUGUACAGAGUGGGUAACUCCAAAGUAAAAGUCUUGUCGUCUUGGGGAAUCAAAAGUUUCUAUACGCGUUUUACUCAACAAAUACACACGUAUAGGCCAACAUUCAGCAAAAUUCCUCUGUUUGGCAAAGCACCCAGCUUUAAGCAUGCACUUAUGUUGUGUUUCCCUUAAGUACACACGUAAGUGCUUUACUAAGCCUGGACCUGAGAUACGAUAGACCCCUUAAGAGUAAAAUUCAUCUUUGUUCUGCCUGGAUUCAUUUUGUUCAUUACCUAUCAUCCAUACACUGGUAUUUUUGUAAUGACUUUAUUUCUGAAUGGGAGGUGUCAGCCUGUUUCAUUAGCAUGUGAAUGUUCUUGUGGAGCCUGUUGUUAGGUUUUGAUGUUCCUUGCAUGUCCUUUCAGUACUGGUUUCCACCUUUCCUGUAUAGGUGGUGUUUUCUAGCACUACAAGUCUUAUUGAUUUCCAUUAGGAAAUUAGGAUAUCUUCAUAACAAAUAGGUAGAUGCGGUAUGGUAAUAAGUGUAAACUGUGCUGGAAAGUGUCUGUGUAUUAUAAUUUCCUACAAUACCACUAUAAUGUUUCAAGCAAUGGGAAAAAAAAAAGUAUGUUGGAGGGACAACAAAGUUUACAUUUCAUACUUUUCAGAAUCGCUUUAUUAUUUAUUUAUUGAAGAUAGUGUAGAAUUUUGUAUCAGAAAUGACAGACAUACUUAUGUAUUUUUUGAAACAAAAACAGAGAUACACACUUUAGUUAGAAACUUUCAACUGACCACAUUUUAGAGGGAGUGUAACUUCCUAGGCAUGCAUUUGUUUACCACUAACUGGCAGAAAACACAAUUAAGAGAACUUUAAGUUUCUAUUUUUCAAUGUUGUUAAGAAAAUUGUUUCAAGUAAAAUAUGUAAAUAGAACUAAACCCAUGUUUUCCUAAUCCCAUAUCUAUACAUUUUAUUAAAUAUAAUGUAUAUGAAAAUACACAUUGUUGUGGUAGGAUUAAAAAAAAAGUGAUAAAAUCUAUUAAUGGAGUAACAUUAAAUGUCAUUGUCUAACAUUUUAUUGCUGUCCUAAUUUUACUCAGUAGCUGUAAAUAUGGUGAACAUUCAUUUCAGUGUUUAGAAAGUAGAAUCACUUUUUUAUGGUACCAUUUCACCAGCAUGAAUUACAGCAACAAAUAAAUAGACAAAUAGGGAAAAAAUACCAUGGAUGCAAUGCAGAAAUCCAGGCCAGGUUUUUAAAAGGAGCCUCAAGGAGCUGCAUAUUCCUCUGAGAUUCAGCUGGUGUUUGAAGUAGUGGACAGGUAGCUGCAGGGGUACCUCCCAGACUGUGACCCCUUAUCGUGAGCAUGUGGGAUUGCACCUUUUUGUGUAGUUGUAACACAACCGAGCACCUUCCUGACCACCAUCACUCGUGAUUUCCAUCUUACCCUCAGUGCACAGGAAUGUUUAAUUCCUGUUAAUGCCAAUGGAAGUUAUGCAAACAUGAUGAUGAUGAUGAAAGGCUGGGCUUCAGCUCACUGAUAUCUCACAAAUCCCUUGUGAUCAGUCUAAUUCUGAAGAUGAAGCUUGUCCUAAUCCCUGUGCGUCGAGGACAGAAUAUAUAUACCCUCAGAGCCAGCCUAUUGUGCAUCAGGAUGUUGCUAUUUUCUCUCUUGCUCGCCCUCAAUACUCCAUAGCAUAUCGGCACGGUUGGCUUCCCAAGUGGAUCUGCUUCAGGGUUAGCCAAAGGUUCUUAGAAAUUCAUCAACUCCUGCCUAUUUUUCCCUGUUCAGGCACAGCUUGAACAGCCACACACAACAGGAGAGACGCAGCCACACACAACAGGAUCUUUGGAAGUUAGAUAUCUUUUAGUGUAUUUAGAAAGGUGGCUGGAAUCACCACGAUGUGUGGAGGUUGAGCCAUCCAUCCUCUUAAAGGUGUCAUGUCCUGGCUGUCAAACCCUGAUGGCCUGUGCUACCAUUAUUGAUCGCCUGUAUUUAUGCAGACCCUGUUUUUCAGACUCUGGUUACUGAUCUCUGAAUGUAUUGGUAAAAUGGCACACCUUAGAGCACAGGUCCCUUUGCAGCCUCGUUGAGAUGUGUGCAAUCUUUUCCUAAUGUUAUAC